AAUGAUCUGACUGAGGAUUUUUCCCUUUUCUUUUUCUCUUCUCGGCGCACUGACCCAACGGCAGCAGCAAACACAUCACAAAGUACUGUCGCACCAUGUUUGGGUUCCUCCUGCUUGCCUGUCUGUCUCCACAUCUGGUAGUCUGCGUACCUCAACCGCCCUGCCGUCGAUGCUGCGACCACCUCCCACGACUAGAUGACGCCGCAACCUUAAGAGAAAGCGUGCCUGAGGUCCGCACAUACAUCAACAUGACCAUUCUCAAAGGUGACAAGGGUGACCGUGGAGAAAGGGGCACUCCUGGGAAGCCUGGGAUUGAGGGUUCCCCGGGACCACGAGGGUCUGAAGGCCUUCAAGGAGAUAAGGGACAAGCCGGAGCCCCAGGUGACGCCUGCAAGUCUCAGCACUCUGCUUUCUCAGUCGGCCGACGGAAGUCCCUUCACAGCGUUGACAACUACCAGGCCCUGAUCUUUGACACCAUCUUCGUCAACACCCCCGAACACUUUGACAUGUUUGCUGGGAAGUACCGUUGCCACAUACCGGGAAUCUACUUCUUCAAUGUGAACAUCCACACGUGGAACUUCAAGGAGACGUACCUGCACAUCAUGCAGAACGACAGCGAGAGGGCCAUCGUUUACGCUCAGCCCAGCGACCGCUCCAUCAUGCAGAGCCAGAGCGUCAUGCUGCGUCUACAGGAGGGCGACGAGGUCUGGGCCCGUCUUUACAAGCGGGAGCGUGAGAACGCCAUCUACAGCGACGACGUGGACAUUUACAUCACCUUUAACGGAUACCUCAUCAAGCCUGAGACUGAGUGAUACCAGAAACGACGGCAGGAAGGA